UCCAGCUCUCGCGAGACGCGCCGAGACCUGAGCUGGGCUGCACUCGCGACGCUGCCACGUGCGCGAGGGUCGGAUGCAGCGUGUGGCCGUUGCCCUUGCAUGCCCGCCAUGGGUUACCUGAAGCUGCUGACGAUGGAGAACUUCAAGUCGUGGCGGGGUCGCCAGAGCGUCGGGCCCUUCAUGCGCUUCACCUGCGUCAUCGGGCCCAACGGCUCAGGCAAAUCAAACCUAAUGGAUGCCCUUAGUUUUGUGAUGGGUGAAAGAACAGCUAACUUACGAGUGAAAAACAUUCAAGAACUUAUUCAUGGCGCACAUGUUGGAAAACCUGUUUCUUCCGUUGCAAGUGUAAAAAUGGUAUAUUGUGAAGAGAAUGGAAAAGAAAAAACAUUUGCGAGAAUUAUUCAAGGAAGUUCUUCUGAAUUUCUUUUCAAUGAUAAACCUGUCAGCCAAUCUGUUUACACAGCUGAGCUUGAAAAAAUAGGCAUAAUUGUCAAAGCAAGGAACUGCCUGGUUUUUCAGGGAGAAGUAGAGUCGAUUGCAAUGAAGAAACCCAAAGAAAGAACUCAACUUUUUGAACAAAUUAGUAAUUCACGGGGGCUGACUGAGGAAUAUGAGAAAAAGAAGAAGAAAAUGCAGCAGGCAGACCAGGACACACAGUUUAAUUUUAACCAGAAAAAAAAUGCAGCAGCUGAACGCAAGCAUGCAAAGUUAGAAAAUGAGGAGGCAGAGCGUUACCAGAUGCUGCUUGGAGAGCUGAAAGAAAACAGGAUACAACUGCAGCUCUUCCAACUUUAUCACAAUGAGAAAAAAAUUGAAUUUCUGCAGAAUAAAUUGGAUGAAAAGAAUACGGAGAUACGUAGCAAGAAAGACUCCCUUUCUAAUGCUGAAGAUACCUUUAAAGCCAAGAAAAAAGUAUGUGGUAUACUAAAUAGAGACCAGCAGAGCAUAGAAAAAAAAAUGAAAACUGUGGAAGCAUCCUUGUCUCAGAAGAGGCCCCGAUACAUUAAAGCAAAGGAAAAUACUUCUCACCAAAUCAAAAAAGUAGAUAUGGCUAAGAAAUGCUUGAAGGACAACGAGAAACAGUAUGGUGCACAAAAGCAAGGCAUACAAGAAAUGGAGAUAGAGCUGGCUGAUAUUGAGACAGCAUGGGCAACAUUUAAAAAGAAAGUUGAGGAAGAGAUGGUACAAAGAGGAACAGAUAUUGAACUGGAAGAAAGUCAGCUGGAUCGGUAUAAACAGCUAAAAGAACUAGUAAGAAAGAAAGUAGCUACACUGAUGCAGCAGUUAGAAAAACUUCAGUGGGAACAGAAAGCAGAUCAAGAAAAAAUGGCACUUGACCAGAGGAAGCAAAAAGAAAUUGAGGAAAGUAUAAAACAAGUUGAGGAACAGAUAGAAGAUCACAAAAAAAGAAUAGAAAAGUUGGAGGAGUAUACCAAAGCAUGCACUGACUCGCUAACAGAGAAAAGGAAGCAGGAAGAAACCCUAACUGCAGAAAUUGAGAAUUCAAGAAUUCGAAUGGCAGAAGUCAAUGAAGAACUAAAUAAACUAUAUGAUGAGCUACAAAAUGCUAGAAUAGAUUACCACGAAGGAAAGCGCCAGCAAAUGAGAGCAGAGAUCCUGGAAAGUCUCAAACGACUCUACCCUGAUUCUGUGUUUGGAAGGCUGCUUGAUUUAUGUCAUCCUAUUCAUAAAAAGUAUCAGCUGGCUGUUACUAAAGUCUUUGGCAGCUACAUGAAUGCCAUUGUUGUGACCACUGAAAAAAUUGCAAGGAACUGCAUUCGAUUCCUAAAGGAGGAAAGAGUUGAGCCUGAAACAUUUCUUGCUUUGGAUUACCUUGAUAUUAAGCCAAUCAAUGAAAAGUUAAGGGAGUUAAAAGGAUCUAAAAUGAUGAUCGAUGUUGUUCAAACUCCAUUGGCUUCACUGAAAAAAGUGCUUCAGUUUGUAUGUGGGAACAGCCUGGUCUGUGAAACUAUUAAAGAAGCAAAACAAAUAGCAUUUGAUGGACCUUUGAGGUUGAAAACAGUAGCUCUUGAUGGAACUCUGUUUUUAAAAUCUGGAGUGAUUUCUGGAGGAUCAAGUGAUUUGAGAUUUAAAGCUAGACGUUGGGAUGAAAAAGACAUUAAUAAAAUGAAAGAAAAGAGAGAUAAUUUGGCUAAUGAACUAAAGGAAUUGAUGAAGAUCAGACGUAAGGAGACAGAUUUGAAGCAGUUGCAGGCUCAGUGCCAAGGAACUCAGACUCGGCUCAAAUAUUCACAAAGUGAAUUAGAGAUUCUUAAAAAGAAACAGCUUGCUAAUUUCUAUAAGGAAAAGUCUAAACUGGAAAGUGAAUUAGUAAAUAUCAAAUCAGAAUGUGCUAUGCUAAAUGAAGGACUUGCACAAAGAGUAAGGAAAAUGGAAGAGUUUCAGAAGAAAAUAAAUGAGGUUGAAGAUAGUAUAUUCCAGGAGUUCUGUGAAGAGAUUGGGGUAGAAAAUAUACGUGUGUAUGAGCAAGAGCAUGUGAAACAGCAGGAGGAAAUCGAUAGGAAAAGACUGGAAUUUGAAAACCAGAAGACACGAUUGAGCAUUCAGCUUGAAUUUAGUCGUGGUCAGCUUCAGAAACAGAUUAACAAAAUCAGUGCAUUGAAAGAGGCAGUUCAUAAAGAUGAGGCUGAGAUUGUCAACCUGAAGAAGGAUGAAGAAAAAUGUCUACUAAUGGUGAAUGAAGUAAUGGAAGAACAGCAGCACCUUAAGGAUAGAUUAAUGACCCAAAAAUCUGAGGUUACAAAAGCACAAAGUGAAAUUGAGGAAGCCAGGAAGAUAUUACUAGCUCUUAAUAAGGAAGCAGGGAAAUUACAAAGGGAAGCUACAGCUAUUGAAGCCUCUCUGGAACAGAAAAGGUUAGGGAGACAUAAUAGGCUUCUUGAAUGCAAGGUCCAAGACUUGAGAAUUGAUCUCCUGUGGGGAUCACUGGAUGAAGUCAGUGAAAUUGAGCUAGGAUCGGAAAUAGAAAGCACUCAGAUGACAGCAGAUAUCUAUGAAAGAGAAGGUGCAAUUCAAAUAGACUACAGCGGUCUAGCAGAAGAUCUAAAGGACCUACAGUCUGAUGGAGAGAUUGAGGCUCAUCUGAAACAACUGCAACAGCAAGCAGCAUCGAAAGAGAAUAUUUUGUUAAGGACAGCUGCACCAAACCUAAGAGCACUGAAUAAAUUGCAGAUUGUGAAGGACAAGUUCCAAGAAUCAGUAGAUGCAUUUGAGGCCAGUAGAAAAGAAGCCAGGCUAUGUAGACAUGGAUUUGAACAGGUGAAAAAGAGGAGAUAUGAACUUUUCAGGAAAUGUUUUGAGCAUGUCUCAGUAGCUAUUGAUCAGAUCUACAAGAAACUCUGUAGAAACAGUAGUGCUCAGGCAUUCCUUUGUCCUGAGAAUCCUGAGGAACCUUACCUAGGUGGUAUUAGCUAUAACUGUGUGGCUCCUGGAAAACGCUUUAUGCCAAUGGACAACUUGUCUGGAGGUGAAAAAACCAUGGCAGCAUUGGCUCUCAUGUUUGCUAUACACAGUUUCUGCCCAGCCCCUUUUCUUAUUUUGGAUGAGGUAGAUGCAGCACUGGAUAAUACAAAUAUUGGGAAAGUAUCAAGCUUCAUUAAGGAACAGGCACAGGAACAAUUUCAGAUGAUAGUUAUUUCUCUAAAGGAAGAAUUUUAUUCCAGAGCAGAUGCAUUAAUUGGAGUCUGUCCAGAGCAAGAUGACUUCAUGUUUAGUCGGGUGUUCACACUUGAUCUCACUGCAUAUUCAGAUACUGAGGACAAUGAAAGAAGAAAGAAACAGAGACAGAGCUCCACACUGGACUAAAAGCUUUGGUAGUUUCAGGACUAUCUUUGGAUGAAGAUAUAUUAGAAUUUCUACAGUCUACUUUAUGACAAGUUUCUAAGUUUGUAUAUUGUUACCAGUACAUUCAUAUACAAAAUCCAUGAAGAAUUUCAUUUAAAUUUGGGAAGGAACAAAUGAAUGUUAUAGAGUAUAAGCAUGUCCCCAUUUUGUUAAAAAUUCAAAGUCAGCUUUUGAAAGACAUCACUGAAAGUGCUGGAUUCUAGUGACUAGAGUCUAAUGUCUUUAAAAUGUUUGUUUUAAAAGGAGCGAUUGCAAAUGUCAUGAUAAUAUAAAAUCUGGUAAAUUAAAUGUGUAACCCACGGCUGUUUACUGGUUGCUGCAUCAAUUUUCAAUAAGUGUCUGUUCUUAAAAUGUUUUUUCUGUAACUUCUAGUUCCUUAAAGUUGAAAAGAAUGGAUUUUUGUUCUAGUUACAAGGCUAGAUUUGAGACAGUUAAGAUGUUGGAAAAAGUUGCAGCACAUUUUUACUCUUUAAUCUUACAGGAAUGUUUCAGCUUUGUUGUGGUUAAAGAAACAACGUUCCAUAGUUUACUUUCUGAGCCUCUGCCUUAGAGAAGCAGGGGAAGAGAUGCUGUCUUCUAACACUUGUGAAAACCAGCUUCACAAGAAAUUUCACUCUUCCUGAAACUGAAUCCAAAACUUCCAAGUACUAUGACAUUUUAGAUUUGGAAACUGAUCUUAGCUUUAUAUUAUAUGGCCAUGUUGACAGUUCAGUAUCAGAGCAAUAGCUAUAGAAAUAAAUGCAUAUAAAACAAAGAGAUGGCAGAGCUAUAUACACAUAUACACACAAACACAGAUACAUAUUCAGGAAAGGCAGUAUUAGCUGCAAACAUAUACAUGCAGCUCUCUCAUCUCUCCUUUUAUUUUGCUGACAGAUGACUGAAAAUAUACAGCCAAGAAAGCUGAAACAAGGCAAGGCCAAAUGGUGAUACCUUAACGCAGUCUGAACAACUUACACCAUAAGUAGUUCCAGUGUAGUCAGUAGGACAGUUAAUGGAGCAAGUUACUCCAUGGGAUUAACAGUGUUGCUCUGAUCCUUCUUUUUUUGGCUGGGGACUACAAAACUACUAAAUUCCAUAAGAGCUACAUUUUAAGAGACCAGUUUUCAUUAUCAGUCUUUACUGCAUGACUUCAUCUAGUCUCCGGGCUAGUAAACUUUUGUGACAGUUCUUUAAGGCUGAAUUAACAAACACGCUUUCAAAAUCUUUUGGUUUUUCUAGUCUGAUAGACCUCAAAUGGAAGAAAUGUAGUUAAAGCAACAGCAUUACCCUUAGUCAAAGUCCUAGAUAUUUUUGGGAUCUUGUUAUACCUAUAGACCAUUGUUAAGAUUUCAGUGCUGUCAUUACAAGUUCUUAAUUUUGCAUGAGUUCACAGCAGUUUAACUGGUUGUAAUCUAUUUCUUAUUCCACACAAUGUUGAAUUGCCACUCAUUGAUUUUUACUUAAGAGUAGACUUUUCUAGUCUGUCUGCAAGAAAAACUAGAAUGAAUAUAUAGCUCAAGACACAGGAAAAACUUAGAAUGUUGCACAGACUGGUAUGCUUAUUUUGACAGUUUUGAUGAUGUAGUUUCAGCCAUAAAAGGCACACCUUUUUUAAGAUGUGGAGAACUCUCAAGAAGCAGAUGACAUAUGAAUUUAUAAGUUAUUAAAAAAGGCUUGUUAAAAA